GGUAGGAUCUCGGUUCCGAAAGCGGCAAAGGAGGCGCAGGAUAAGCAGGGAGGAGUGCGUAGGAUAAAAGAGUCGAGGAACCUCUUUUUCUCUCCUUUUACGUCGUCUGCACCGACCCUGCUAGCCAGACUUGACUUCCGAGGUAUACACACUGCACAUACACCGCUGGGGUACAGUAAAGUGCGAACAGGUCUGUGCCUCGCCGUUGAUGAUGAAGGAAUCGAAUCAGUCACCUGUUGUCUCGAAACAUUGCAACGUGACCGAUAUUUCGCGAAUCACGAAUUAAGGUAUCGAGCUAGACAUGUUCUAAGCAAUAAUAUUGAUGCACCUCAAAAACUGGCUAAACUAAAC